UAGUUGACUUAUUUUAGAACACGAUGGCGCUUUUUAAAUUCCAGUGGAUGUUUACGAUGGUUUAAUUUCGUUUGCUUCACUGUAUGUACAUAUUAUUUGUGAUCAUUUUGGGUCUUGAAAUCAAACGUGUCUUACAAUUUGUACGAAUCUGAGCGAGCACUUAUCACACAUAAUAUAAACGCAAGUAUGGACAGAUUCAAGAAGAUCGAUUGUCGUUUGCAUGAAAUAAGCAUAAACCGAUGAUCACAAAACGGUUGUCGUGAUGCUGAACACGUGCACUGAAACUGUCUGUUAUCUGGAUUCCUCCAUUGGAGGAUAUGAUCGAUACUGUGUUCGUCCGAGAUGAGAGAAUGAAGCGCGAGAGUGCAAUGUACAGGAUUAUGACAGGCAACUUUACGGAUCCAUUUGAAGGUAUUGAAGAGGAGUAUGAAAAGGUCGACAUAGAAUUAAUUAAACGUCUUGGCGGAGUUGAACGCGAGGAACAAGUACGGCGCGAGCUGGGAGCCGAAAGCAGUGAUAAAAGUAGUAGCUCAGCAGAGAAUGUAAUAAAGGAACAUCCUCCAAAGGAAGAUCUUCCUGAGAAAGGUCCUGCAAAGAAAACGGGGAAUCCUUCCAAGGAAGAUCCUCUAAAGGAUGAAGGACAGAUGCCUUAUAUACCUGGUAUAAGAAAGCUACCAUUUUACUUUCCUAGGAGGUCUCAUUUGGAUAAGAAUCAGCAAGCUAUGUGCCUUCGUGUCUUAUUACGAUUUUCUAGUAACAAAAAGCAGAUAACUGAGGCAGAGAAAAUUGAGCUGCAAAAGUACAUGUCAUUACAAAGUACAAUAUCUGAGGAACAGACAGAAUUCUUAGAUUUUGCAAAGAACAAAUGGGACGCGACUGCCCAGUUAUUCAUAAAAUAUCCUGACUUUAUAUCAUGCAAAUGGAACAGAAAGAUGUGCAGGCUACAAAAACUUCCCAAGUAUUACGCUGAAUGUACAACUAUACCAUUUUCUAUGACGAAAGAUGUUAAACUUGAAUUCGUACGUUGUUUACAACAGGAGUCAUUAUCGGAAAUAAAAUUGCCACAAUUUCAUACACGGGAGGUUUUAAGCGUGACUACUGCAAUGUUGCACGAUAGAUUCAUACCAUCCAGGUACUGGAUGCCUGACAAGAAGGUAUACUCCGUUUUACCGAGCGAGGAUACGUACUGCGAGAGCCUCGCGAUAAAAGCUAACGCGGACUUGGUCAUCUCGUCCAGUGGUCUCAAGUGUCUACUAAACAAUGUCGAUUCGACUCAAUCGAACUCGUGGCUCAUUCCAGUAGUUAUUAAGUCGCAUAAUGGGAAAAACGUGAUUUAUGUCGACAAAAAAUUACCGCCUACUAUUGCCACUGUACCGCAGAAGAAUACUUGGGUGUACAAGUACAUUCUUAGAUACUGUUUCGCCAAGGCGAGAGAUCAGUCAAAACGAGCGGAACAAGAUAAACUCAACAAAAGUCAUUCAGUUCGUUCAAGCGACAGCGAUUGUGCACACGGGUUCGAUGAGGAUUUUAGAAUCAUGAAGGAGCUUUUACAAAAGAAAAAAAGUAAUAGAUCCGACAAAAUUAGCCCAGCCCAGAAGGAGAGCAAGUGUAGCGAUUCGUUUAAUGACGAUCUCGAGAUCGCGGGAGAAGAUGAAUCUGAGAAAGCUGCAGUCGAUUCACACAACGACGACAAUGACUCGACUACUGGUUGUCUUGUGAUCGACGAAUCGGUCGAGCGUAUGUCUUUAAGCUCAGCAGAAAAUGAGUCGAGUUAUACCGAUGACGAUAUAACUGAUCCUGAAAUGGGAAAGGGGCGGAACGUAUCGUACAGACUUUUUACGAUAAAAGCACAAUCUCAAGAUUAUCAUGAAAGGAGAGACACAAAGCAAUACAGGAUAUUGGUUCGUUCGAAAUUGGAUGGUUUUGUGACAUUACCAGAUGGAAGAUCAUCCCCUUUAAUGUUGUCACCAAAAAUGGAGCAUCAGCUAGGAUUUGGAGCCGAAGCUAUAAGCUUGAAGGAAGGUUUGCACGAAUGGGCGUCGUUAACAUUUCGACCAGAGGCCUCUUUAGCUAGAGUCAGGAUAGAGGCAGAUAGUGGUGAGGUGAUACAAAUAGAAAGACACACGACAACAUCGCUGAAUAAUGAGAUCAGAAGGUUGCAUAAUGUCAGAACAGAAGAUUCUUUAAAAAUCCUAUAUAAUGUGAUUGAAAAAUUGUCUGUGUUAACCCCCGGUCGAUAUAUUGUACGACAUAUUCCAAGGCACGGACCGUUCGCGUAUGUUUAUAAGAAAACUGAUGAAUUAAAAAAAAAAACUCUUAAUUUGGAUAUGAUUUAUGAAUCUAAACAAUUUGAAAAUUCACACAUUACACCGUGGCCACCAAUAGAUAGAAUACUAACGACACCCUGGAUGAGGCACUCUAAGAAAAUGCCUGCUAUGUUCAAUCCUUAUUAUCCAAAAAGUACAGAGAAAAGCCCGCAGUCAAAGCAAGCCACUAGAAGAGAACCACAGAAAAAAGAUCCAGAUGUUCGAAGAAGUCUUCGAAACAAAAAAGUAAAUAAAAUAGAAUAGUUUAUUUCGAUUCUCAUUUUUCGGAAAUGAUUAUUUUAUAUUCAAUUAAAGUAUAGCUAUUAUUAUUAUUAUUAU